UACUUUUAAUCUUUAAAAGAAUAGCAAGGAAUAUGCCAAAAAUCUUUAAAUUUUAACAUAAAAUAAAUGAAUUUAAUCACACCAUUAGAUAGCUAUAAUGAAAAAGUUGGCUUUUAAGAAAAGGUUGUAGAAAAAUUUAAGGAUUAAAGCAUAAAAUAAACAGAUUAAUAGUUACAUUUAUUUAGUUAAAGUCUAAAAAAUCAAUUAGCUGAAUAUUAUUUGAGAAAUUCAGUGUAAAUAAAUUAUGCUCUUUAAUAAUAAAAUUAAAAUCCAUUUGUUUUAUUUGAAGACUUUAGCAAUGAUAUGGGAAAAAUUAAAAAUUGUGCAUUAGAUAGUUGGAAUUUUAUGAAAUUAAAAGGUAAUAAUCCUUAAAAAUGGCCUAUUGAUUUAGAAUCGUUUUUAAUUAAUGUUAAAAAUAUGCCAUUUUUAUAUUUUUUUAAUGAACCAGAUCAUGUACAUUAGGAAUUUUUUGAAAAAAUAAAAAAUGUUAUCGAUAAUAAUAUAAAUAUAUUAUAAAAUACAUAGGAUGUUAUUAAAAGAAAAUAAAUUUUUGAAUUAUUAUUAGAUGUUAAUUAUGCAUAUUUUUAUGUUUCAUUUAAUAAAGGAGAUUUUAAUUUAUUAAUUGAUUUCAUUGACAAUAUUAUGAAAAAAUGCUUAAAUGUAUUAACAGAAGAAGAAAAAAAAAUAUUCUUUUAAAAAAUUAGUUAAGAAAUAUUGACUUAUUUAGAUAAAAUAGUUGAAUAUUUGUAAGAAAAUAAUAAGAAUUUACACUAUAUGAAUUAAUUUUGUAAUUUAGGAGGUUUUAAAAUAUCUAUGUUUUAGCAAUUUUAGAAACAAAGCUUUAAUACAACUUCUAUUACUACAGAUGGAGUAUAUUUGUAUAUAUAUGUAAGUUGCUUAGAUGGAGGUAUGUUUAAAGUUGGUACUGGAAAAAAUAAUACUGUUCCAGGAAAAGUUUAUUUGUUUUAAAAUUUAAAUAAAAACGAAGAAGCUUAUUGGGUUUAUUUAAAUAAAAAAUUAUAUUUGAGAUUAAGUGGAAAAGAGGUAAUUUUAUUUAUUUUUUAUUUUAAAUAAAAAAAUAAAUUAAAAGCUUGGAAUUAUUGAUGUCAUUUGUAGUGAAAAACUUGAGUUUAUAAAAAGUAUUUAAAUUAAAAAUGAAGAAAUGUUUGAGGGAAUAUAAUAAAUUAGUAUAAAUAAAAAUUUUCCUUUGUUAAGUGACGGUGAAUUUUUAUAUAUUAUUGGGAAAAAAAUAAUUAAUUAAGGCGUAAAAGAAAAAAAAGUGUAGAAAUUAAUCGAAGAAAAGGCUUAUAUGCCAAAAGAAUGUACUAAAUUAUAACAAUAAUAAUAAUUAAAAAUGGAUAUCUUAUAUUAAUAAUAAUUAUUGUUAUAAAUAUAAUAAGAAUAGAAAAAAUAAUUAGAAGAAAUCGCAGGAUAAAGACGAGAAGAUGGACAAGAAGAAAAAUUCGAAGAAAUUAGUGAAGAAGAAUUACUUUAAUAAUAAUAAUUAUUUAAAAUGCAUUAAUUAUAAUAGAUUUAAUAAAAAUAAGAAAUUCUUUAACUUAUUUAAUAUAAGGGAAAAAAUUUAAAAAGAAAAAGAAUAAUAAUAAAUUAAAGAUUAAUAAUUAUUAUUGAAAGAUUAAUAGCUUUAAUAAAAAAUUGUAGCUAUUAAAAAAAUUAAGAAGUUGGAUAAAAAAAUAUUUAAGAAGAAACUGAUAUUUAAAAUAAAGAUAUUGAUUCAAAUUAUAAUAGAAUUAUUGAAUAUUGUUUGUAUGUAUAUAAUAUUGAAUAAUAAGAUGAGCAUAUUGUUAGAUAAUAGUAAACUAUAACAUAAUAAUAUACAUAUAAAUCGAAAACAAUACUAGGACAAGCUGAAAUUACAACCGACAUAUCGAAAGCAAUAAAAAAUACCGCAGAUAUAUCCGUAAAAGACAAUUCUUUGAUUUUACCAGCAAAUGUAGCUUCUUCAUUUUGGACUAUGAAUAAAGAUUAAAUUAGUCUUUAUAGUGAAUAAGGAAUUAAGAUUUUUUCGAAAAAACCUGAAGAUGUAUAUGAGAUUAAUCCUUAUAGUUAUUUUAAGUCUUUAGAAGAAAAUAAUAUUGAAAAUAGUGAUAUUAAUAAUAAAGAUAAACCUUAAAAAUUACUAAAAACUACUUUAAUUACAAAAAUUAAUGUUAAUAAAAAAGCUUAUCCAUUAAAUCCAGCUUUUCAUGGUUGUUAUGAUAUCUAAAAUAAUAUAUAUUAUAUCCUUAAUUGGUCCAUAAAUAAUCAAAAUUGUGAAUUUCCUUCAUUAAUAAGUAUGGUAUCUGAAUAAAAAUCUUACAUUAAUCUUUAAUAUCAUAAAUAUGUAGAAAAUUUAAUAGAAAAAAAUGAUACUAAUAAUUAAUAAUAAUAACAAGAAAAUUAUGAGAAUGAAUUUGAAAUUAAAUUUAUGUCAAAAAUACUUUCAUUAUAAAAAUUUAGACAAUAAAUUGUUUGGAAAUUAAAUAAAUGGGAAUAUACAUAUGGAUAUGCCUUAUAAGAUAUUCAAGUUUUAUAAUAAAUAAAUUAAAGUUAGGGAAAUAAAAAACAAAAUAUUGAAGAAACCAAGAACAUUUUAUUGAAAUAAAAACAGAAAAUAAUAUAAAAAAUGAAUAAAUAUUUAGAAUAAAAUAAAUUGAAUUAAAAAAAUUGCCAAAAAAAUGAAAAAAUUCUAAUAGAAAUAACUAAAGAAUACGCAUUUUGUAUAAAUGGUUCUAUUUAGUAAUUUUUAGUUAUUUUUGAGAAAAUAAAUAAUUUAUAUUAAAAUAAUUAAUUUCUUAUAGAUGAAAAAAAAAUUUUUUUAAGUCUAAUUUAGUUACUUUAUUGGGUUUUACAUUGUGAUGUUUUGUCUAUUUAAAAAAAAGAAAUUUGCGAUAAAUUUGGGAAGAUUUUUGAAGUUUUGGUGACUUUUAUUUAGUUUUUUUAAGAAAAAAAUAAAAUUGUUUUGGAAUUAAUUUCUCAUAUUUUUAGUUAAGGAUGGAAUUUAUUUAAUAAAAGCAAUUCUUAGUAAAUUACUGUUUUUAAAAAAUUACUUGAAAUUAAAAACAAAGAGUUCAACUUUUUUGAACUUCUUUAUAAAAAUUAAGGCUUUUCUUGCAAAACAAUAUAAUUAGAUAUGUAAUUUAAAGAUAUCUAGUUAAUUGAAUAUAUAUAAAAUAAAUCAGAUUUAUUAGAAUAGGUUGAUAUGUAAACUAAUUUUGCUUAAAUUUUUGCAAAAAAUAAGUAAAUUAGGGUUAAUUAAUAAAUGUUUUGUUAACCUUUUUGUUUACUAUUGAUUGAAGAAAUCGAUUAUUUAAAAAAUUUAAAAAGUGAAUAUAUAGAAGAAGAUGAAGAAGUCAAAGACAAUGAAUAAGAUAUUUAGGAAGAAAAUUAGAAUUAUUUUACAUAGAAAAUAUUUGGAAAUUACUCUGAGGGAAUUGAUUAAGUUAUUGAAAAAGUCUUCGAAACUAAUCAUCCUUAUGAAAGGGGAAAAGUCAUCUAGUUUGAAUAGAAUAUUUUCCCAGGAGCAAUUGCUAUUGCAGUUCAUUUCGAUAAAAGGUGCUAGUCAGAUACGGCUAAUGAUUUUUUAUCUAUUUAGGCUUGGUAUGAUAAUUAAAAAUCUACAAAUAAUUAAAUGGGGAGCUUUUCUUAUUAAUAGAAAGAAGGAUUGGGUAAAUAUUUUAAAAUUUCUGGCAAGAAUGUACCUAAGAAAUUACUUAUUUUAUUAGGAAAUUCUAUUUAAGUGGACUUUUAAUCUUCUGGACAUGCUAAAGAUGAAAAAUCUUUAAGUAGAUGGGGUUAUAAAAUUAAUGUGAGACCGAUAUAUGGAAUGAAUAAGAAAAUGUGGUAAGAGGAAAUAUAAAAUGAAGAAGAUUUCAUAAAAUUAAAAAUAAGAUUUGGUAAUGAAGAAAAAAUAAAUGAUUGGUUAAAUACAAUGAAGUUGUGUGCAAUUUCAAUUAUUGAAAGUAAGAAAAAAACAAAAAAGAAGAAGAAGAUGAUGAGGAAGUAGAAAAACAAAUAGAGUAAAAUAUAGAUUACAAAGAAGAAGAAUUAAAUAAAUUUUUACUAGAAAAUUUCCUUUAAAGAUUUGGCGGAGGUAAAAGCGAAGCCUUAAAAGCUCUUUGUAAUUCUCGAAACAUAUUUUAUAAUGAAGACUAACUUCAAUAAACUUCUAAGUAAGUUUUCGAAGCUUGCAAAUAAUACAUAAAUGAAAAUAAAGAACAAUAAUAGUAGCAAUCAGCUUAUAAGCUAGUAGGAUUAAGGACUUUAUAAAAAAAUAAAUCAAUAUAUCAUUAAAUGGGUUACUUUAGGAAUAAUUGAAAAAUAUUAAUUUGGUUCUUGCGGAUAUCUUAACUAUUAUGAGUGGAAAUAAUAAUUUAAUGUGGAAUCGAUUAGAUUAAAAUAAUAAUAGCAAUAGUGGGUUUUUUGAGAAAUUUUUUGAAAAUAUAUGCGAAUUGGGACUUUUGUCUAUUUCUUUUACACAUAUGAGUCAAAAAUUCGAAGAUAUAGUACUUUUGGUGAAUUUAAUAAGUCAUUCAGUUUAAAACAUUUUGUUUAAAAUCAUCACUACGGCUCCUUAUAAAUAUAUAGAAAUGCUCUGUGGAAUUCUAAUUUAGGUUUUAAAAAAAGAAGUAGGUUUUUCGGAAGAAUUUGAGAUUAAUUUAAGGAUUUUUUUGAGAAUUUUUGAUUAUGUUGGGAGUUAUAGACUAAAAUUUUUAUUUAAAAUUUUCGAGGAUAUCCUUACUAAAAGAUAUGUUGCCUAAGAUAAAAAAAAUAAAAGUUUUAAUAUUGAUGUUUAUGUUUAAUUGGCUGAUGUGUUGACUUUUUUGGUCUUCCAUAGUGAAAAUCCGGUCUAAAUAAGACUGAUUUUGAGAUGUUUGAACGAUUUUAUUACCAGAUUGUAUAUAAUUGAUUAAUAAUGAAAAGAAAAAUCCAUUUUAAUACAAAUAUUAUUUGGUAGAAAUCGAAAAUAUAAAUGAUAUUAUUACUAAAGGAUAUUCAAAAGAUUUAGGUUAGAAUUAUUUGGGAAUUACUUAGAACUUACCAUAGCCUUCUUUGAAAAGAAAGUUUUUAGAAUUUGAAAUGCCUAAAAGUGAUAUUUUUAAAAUUAAUAAUAUGAAUUUAAUCAACCAGAAAAUCGGCGACUUAAUUUUUAAUGUUUAAAACAAUAACUCAUUAAAAAGCUAGAUGAAUAAUUACUUUAAAUUAUUUAGUACACUGUAAUAAUUUAAGAAAAGAUAUAGUUCAUUAUAUCUUACUUUUUCAUAAGAUUAUUCAAAAAAAAAGAUUAGUAAUAGUAAUAGUAAAAUGAAUUAAAAAAAAACGAGUAAUAAUAUAUUGUCUUAGGGCAACUUACUUCCGAGGAAGAUUUUACUUUUCUACUUAAAGCCUUUUAUUAUUGGGAAGAACUAUAUCCAUCUUCUUCUUUAAAUUAUCCAAAAACUGUAGAAGAAUAUUUAGAAAGCAAAAAAACUUUGGAAUAAAAAAAAGAUUAAUAGAAAACAAAUGGUUAACCUGAAAAAGCAGAGGCUUAAUAAACUGAUAGUACAAAAUUAUAAAAAUUGAUGGAAAAAUUAUUUAUUGCCUUACCUGAUAUUAAUGGAGUUUCGGAAAAUGAAUAAAAUUUACCAAUAGGGUGGUAUUUUAAUUAUAUAGGACUUUUUAAUGAUUUAAAAGUGUUUUAGUCCGAAUAAAAAAGAGGAAAAAUAAAAAAGAAAGUUAAAAUUGUUUGGUAAAAUUUAGCUUUGACGAAUUUGAGUAAAAAAAUGGAAUUAGCAGAUAAAGAAAUUAAAGAUUUUUAAGAAACAGAUCCUGAAGAUGUUAAAAUAGAAAUCAUAAAAGUUAAAAACUUCAUAAAGAGAAUAUAAAAUCAUUUAAAAGAUAUUUAGACUAUUGCUUCUUUAUUUAAUAUUUUCGGCUAUGCGCCAAUGUUUGAUUAUUUACCAAAAGAUAAAGCUGAAUAAUUAGCUGCUAUUAUCAAUUUAGCUAUUUAGAAUAAAUUAAAUAAUAUACCGCUUGAUCAUAUUUAAGAAUAAUAUAGAAAAUAAGUAGAUCCAAAUGAAAAUAUAUUACCUAAGUAAGAAAAAAAAUAAAUUGCUUCAGUUUUAUGGAAAGAUUGUGAAGCUGAUAAAGGAUCAUAAAUGUCAGUUUAAAUAUGCGAUAUUUCUAUAUUUCCUAUUUUUGAAUAAGGAAUUGAUUAUAUUACUUCUUUGCCAUCUAAAGU